CACUGGCCACAAAACCAAAUCAUUUCACAUUGAGAUUACAAGAAAAACCUAAAACCAUCUAUUUAUUCCUGAUUUUCAAGGCCUGCAAAUUCCUCUGGUGGGUUCCUAAAAACUCUGUUUUUUCACACAGUGAUGUUCAUGGUUCUGAUCAUAAGAUCAUCCCAAGGAUGCCCGAUUCAGCAAUGUCAUUUGUUCAGGAUCAUAAGUUUGUUUCAUCUCUUUCUGAUGACCCACAACACCAAAAGGCAGAGGAAAGAAAGCAAAAAAGAAUGCUGUCCAACAGAGAAUCUGCAAGGAGGUCUAGGAUGAAGAAGCAACAGCAUUUGGAUGAUUUGCAGGCCCAGUUGACACAGCUGAGAUUAGAGAACAGUGCCCUGAUCAAUAGACUCCAUGAUGUUUCUCAGUAUUACAGGACAAUUGAGGAACAGAACAAUCUUUCCAGGUCUCUAGUGAUGGAUCUCUUAUCAAAGCUGCAAGCUUUGAAUGAUAUCUUACAGCAACAAGCAGGUAAAGGGCCUCUGCUCAAUUCUAGGUUUUCUGAUUCCAACCCAGUGGAGAUAGAGAAGUUGUGAUUUUAUCAGUAGCAGAUUCAGAUUUAUUAGUAAGUCCUUCUGUUGAAACAUGCAUAUUGAAGGAUAUUUUGCAUUUCAUUUCUAUUUUUUCAUUUCUAUGUUUUUUUGCCAAUGUAUUGAAGCAUUGUCAAGGACUUGGGAAAGGGAAAAAUGUUGGUUGUAUUUGUUUGUAUGUUCUUAGUAACAGACUUCUAAUUUUG